AUGACGGAAGGACGAGUUGUGUUUGCUGUGCUGAAAGCUCCAAAAUCGCGAGGAGACAGGACGGCUCCGGGCCCGAACAUCGCUGAAGCGAUGAAGAGGAAGAACCACUCUAUUGGAGUUUUCUUACUCUUCUGGAGACUGUCGCUGUUUCUCGGUGUUGGCCAGUGUAAGGAGGUUGACCAUGCUCCAAGAACUCGACAAGUGCCAAUGUCUCCCUCUGACUUUCUGGACAAACUGAUGGGAAGGACAUCUGGAUAUGAUGCCAGAAUAAGACCAAACUUUAAAGGUCCUCCAGUCAAUGUCUCCUGUAACAUUUUCAUCAACAGCUUUGGUUCCAUUGCUGAAACCACCAUGGACUAUCGCGUGAACAUUUUCCUUCGUCAGCAGUGGAAUGAUCCCAGGCUUGCCUAUGCAGAAUAUCCAGAUGACUCUUUGGAUUUGGACCCCUCUAUGUUAGACUCCAUUUGGAAGCCAGAUCUGUUCUUCGCCAAUGAAAAGGGUGCACACUUCCAUGAGGUUACAACAGACAACAAGUUGCUGCGGAUUUUUAAGAAUGGAAAUGUUUUAUACUCUAUAAGAUUAACGUUAACGCUCUCAUGUCCCAUGGAUCUAAAAAACUUCCCCAUGGAUGUUCAGACCUGCAUUAUGCAGUUGGAAAGCUUUGGUUACACCAUGAAUGACCUGAUCUUCGAGUGGCAGGAGAAUGGACCGGUCCAAGUGGCCGAAGGACUAACGCUCCCACAGUUCAUCCUUAAAGACGAAUCCGACCUCAGAUACUGUACCAAGCACUACAACACAGGUAAAUUUACUUGUAUUGAAGUGCGGUUCCACCUGGAGCGUCAGAUGGGCUACUACCUGAUCCAAAUGUACAUCCCGUCUCUGCUGAUUGUUAUUCUCUCCUGGGUCUCCUUUUGGAUUAACAUGGAUGCGGCCCCGGCCAGAGUGGCGCUUGGCAUCACUACUGUCCUCACAAUGACAACACAGAGCUCAGGCUCCAGGACUUCAUUGCCAAAGGUCUCCUAUGUGAAGGCAAUAGACAUCUGGAUGGCAGUGUGUCUUCUCUUUGUCUUCUCUGCACUGUUGGAGUAUGCUGCAGUUAAUUUUGUUUCUAGGCAACAUAAAGAGCUGCUACGAUUCAGGCGACAUCCCAAGAAGAGCAAGAACGGUGGAGGUGCAGUUGAUGCAGAUGCGCUAGCUGAAUCCCUCCAUCGUGUAAAUGUCGACAACGGCCUCAAGGCAUCAGACCCUCUCUAUGGAUCUAUCACCAACAUCUACAGCAGCAACUACAGGGAAGGGGAAGUGCAUGAGACCAGAGUGACCUCUACAGCUGCUGUAACCUCCACUCCCAGCAAUAGCAAGGACUCCAAGGCCACCACUAACAAUACUGUCACUGCACCAAACACUCAAGGAACCACGGCAAACACUGCUCUGAAUCGCCCGGGCGCUGCUUCAGGAGGUGGGAAAAGCAUGGAGGAGAUGAGGAAAUUAUUUAUUGACCGAGCCAAAAAGAUUGACACGGUGUCGAGGGCCGGUUUCCCCCUUGCCUUCCUGUUUUUCAACAUAUUCUACUGGGUUCUUUAUAAAAUACUUCGCCAUGAAGAUUUCCAUUAUCCAUAAACAAAGACACACAUGCACUGCAUAUGUGGGGACAUGUUUUCUUCCUUUAUUUGGUCACAUUUCCUCUAUCAUGUGACCUGUGACCUCAAAUUGCCCCAAUGUUGCCACAAUCAUAGAUGUACAAGAAGAAACAAGCAUACACAGAUGUAAAAUAAUCAUGAUUUGGUCAUGUUGAAGACCAUUCGGCAUGACUCAGACAACAGGGUUUCUUUUUAAUAAGAAAACAGGGUUUGAGAUCUGUGCUUGUAAUUUCAAUGCCCGAUUUCAAUUUAGUGCCUACUUCAUUUUUGAGGGUCUGUAUUGUUUCAUCUCCAUCACGUUCAAAUUAUGAUCACUUGUGCUUAUAUUAAAUUAACACCAAAAACAACACUCAUGCCAGAAAGGCAAGCAGGCAAACACAUGGCAGAAGAACAAAAAAAAAAUGGAAGUGACUGUAAAUCUACUAAUCUUAAGAAUUGAUACUUUGGCCAGUUUUUACAUUUGAGAGUUUCCUAGGCCAGCCGAGAGACAUAGUCUAUUCGAUGGAGAUUUGCAAUGACAUCCGGAUCACAAUGGCUUUGUGCAUCUAACCACUUUACUUACAUUUCCGUACAUGACGCAAUUCUUGAGUCAUAUGAUUAAGUUCUGUUUUGGUUUGUAUUUGUACUGUUUUUUCCUGAUUAUACUGCCUCGUUCUAUAUCCAGACUGAGCCACAUUGGAGGAAAAAAAACCCACACCAGAAUUGGGUCACUUGAACUGUUUCACCUAAAUCCAGCCAGACUGUUGACUGGUUUGAACUCUGCCCACUUUUUGCUAAUUACAAAAAAGUGCAUUAAUUUUGAAAAGAAGUGAAAGAUAAUAAGAAAUGAUCUCGUAGGGCGGCGCUCUCGCUCCCUCUUUUGAUAAGCCGCCACUGCCGUGAAGCUUCUGGAAUUCUGUGAAUUUCUGCAAAAGUUGGUCAUAAAAUGAAGUCUCAUCAAAAUCACAAGAAUAAACACAGAAUUUGCAUGAACUAAUACCACAGAAAGAAUUACCGGGUUUUUUUCCAUGUAUAAUGCGCAAAAUUUAACUAAUUUAUUGUCCUAAAAUCUGGGGUGCGCAUUAUACAUGGGAACAUUUUUUUUAUUUUUAGAAAAUCUCCCUCGAAAUAAAACUUGAAAUCAC